CGCCGCCGCGGGGCCCUAAAGCCGCCCGGCUCAAGAGGAUGGUGCGGCUGGCGGCCGAGCUGCUGCUGCUGCUGGGGCUGCUCCUGCUCACCUUGCACAUCACCGUGCUGCGCGGCGGCGGAGAGCCCCACGCCCCCACGGGCGCCGGCAACCACAGCCAGCGGCAGAACACACUGACUGCAGAGGACCAUUCUCCUGAAGACAGUUUCACCCUGAACCCCGAGGAGCGACGAGAAUACCCCAAUCUCCAGGCUGCCCAUCGGCCAUUUCCUAAGGAGCAAUUCAGGCAGGAGAGCGGGCAUACAUCCUUGCAAAGAGAUGGACCCAGGUCUUUUCUCCUGGACCUCCCAAACUUCCCUGACCUGUCAAAAGCAGAUAUCAAUGGGCAGAAUCCCAACAUUCAGGUCACCAUUGAAGUCGUGGAUAGCCCUGACACAGAGACAGACAAGGAUCUGCAGAAGGAGAGCAGCAAGCCCAGCUGGCCAGCCCCAUCGCCCGACUGGAGGAACUGGUGGCAGAGGUCCUCCACCCUGACUCGCAUGAGCAGCGGUGACCAGGACUACAAGUAUGACAGCACCACUGAGGACAGCAACUUCCUCAACCCUCUCGGUGGGUGGGAUAGUCGUGCACCGAGUCACCGGACGUUCGAGUCCAAGGAGCAGCCAGAGUAUGAUUACAUUGAUGGUGAGGGCGACUGGAGCCCGUGGUCCCUGUGCAGCGUCACCUGCGGGAGCGGCAGCCAGAAGCGCACCAGGUCCUGCGGAUACGCCUGCACGGCCACCGAGUCCCGGACCUGCGACAGGCCCAACUGCCCAGGGAUCGAAGAUACCUUCCGGACAGCUGCCACAGAAGUGAGUUUACUUGCAGGGAGUGAAGACUUCAAUGCAACCAAGCUGUUUGAAGUUGAUACUGAUAGCUGUGAGAGAUGGAUGAGCUGCAAGAGCGAGUUCCUGAAGAAAUAUAUGCACAAAGUGGUCAACGACCUUCCCAGCUGCCCAUGCUCCUACCCCAGAGAAGUUGCGUACAGCACUGCUGAAAUCUUUGACCGACUUAAGAGGAAAAGCUUCCGCUGGAAGGAUGCGAGUGGUCCAAAGGAAAAACUGGAGAUCUAUAAGCCCACAGCACGAUACUGCAUCCGCUCCAUGCUGUCUUUGGAGAGCACGACGCUCGCAGCGCAGCACUGCUGCUAUGAUGAUAACAUGCAGCUGAUCACCAGGGGCAAAGGGGCAGGAACACCCAACCUGAUCAGCAUCGAAUUCUCAGCAGAACUCCACUACAAAGUGGACAUUCUGCCCUGGAUCAUAUGCAAAGGUGACUGGAGCCGCUACAAUGAAGCCCGGCCUCCCAACAAUGGGCAGAAGUGCACAGAAAACCCAUCAGACGAAGACUACUACAAGCAGUUUCAAGAAGCAAGGGAAUACUGAGAAGAUUUUCCUUUUCUUCAGAUGCAAAAUAGCAUUCGUUUCCUGGAUGCCAAAGAACUGAUGAUGGCUGCUGCGUUGGCUCCUCGACAGGGGUUGGUCAGUUCCUUUCUGAUGAAUGUAUAUAGUUGUAAUAUAAUACAUAAGUAUUUUUCACAGUGUGUGUAAUUUAUAAACACAUAUCUCUCUGUCUCACACACACCUAUUUUUGCAUACAGACAUACAUAAGUCUUGUCCUGAUAGGAUUUUAUACUGCAAUAACGUUCAUGUAAUAAUGUGCAUUUCAUUUUAUUUCCCAUCUGUAACCUAACGAAGGGGGUGGAGGGUAGCUGCCAUCGCCAUCAGGCCCCAAGGCCCCAGCUGAGGAGGCACAUACUUAAAAGUUGUUAUAAACAAUAGGAUUGAAGAAUGUACUCUUCCAUAUGGGAAUGGUUUACAAGAUUAAUGCACCUACAGCAUCAGUUUUCUCUAUAAUUGGUUUCAUGAUCAGUCAUAUCUAAGGAGGAAAGAAUUUUUUUUGGAAGGGUAAUAGUCAAAAGUGAAUAUAGAAAAUCCCUACCAAUUUUUCUCUUGGAAUUCUUCCUGUUAACCUUCUAGCUCAGGUAUUUGCAGUCCACCUGGGAUAGGCUUGCAGGAAGAUGUAGCUGUGGCUUUCCUACAAGCCAGAAAAUGUCCUGGUGCAGUGGUUCUGCAAGAGUUACAAAUAGCCCCCUCCUGGAGACAUCUCUGGUACAGAGCUGCAUCUGUUGGGGGUUACAUCUCCAGAGCAGCUGUGAACCAUGAACUGAGCAUGCUGUAAGUCUUUGGAGGAGUGAGGGCAGAGAAGGAAUCCAUGUCAAAGAACCAAAAAGAUCACAGUUCCUUCCCAGGUUUUAAUAUGAAGAAUGUUUGGAUCUGCUUGUUUCUUUCUUUUAAGAAAAGGAAGUUUAUUAUUUUAGAGAACAGUAAAACUGGAAUCCACAAGUUCCCUGGGAUAAAAGAUGCAACCAGCCCUUUCCCCCCAUUUUUCUCAUGCUGAAUGCAGUGUCCUACAGAAGAAGCUAUUCUUUAAGGGAAGCUUUCUGGGAGGAACUACUGGUGUCUUAAAGUGUCUUAAUUUUUUUUAAAAAGCUAGCAUUAUUUUUGUAAAGUAUUUAUUGAAUUGUGACAAUGACUCACAUGUGGGAUGUAUCUCUAACAUAAAAGGUUUAGGUAGAUGGAACUUGAUUUCCAAGAACACAACUGUUGUUAGGCAAAGGUUUUAUUCCCAAAUUUUUAUAAAGUGCAAGUUUACAAACUGUCAUAAAGCAGCUCGUAUCUGCAUUCUGAUGAAAGAUUAAAGUUACACCCUGGAUAAAUAAAUACAGUUCCAUCUUGUGAAAGACUGCCUUGCUGCAAGUCAGUGUGUUCAUUUGGAAUACUAAGGCUAAAUGUCUCUAGAAAUAUGCCUGUUUUGGGGUUAUGGGGUCUGACAUGGAACCCCACACAGAAUUAAAGCUGACCAGCAUUGCAGUCAGUCUGAGCUCAAAGAUUCAUGACCGACAUAAAAGGCAAUUCCCCCUGCUGUAUACAGACACACAUAGAUGAUAUUUAAGGUCCCUUCCAACCCAAACCUUUCUAUGGCUUCCUGUAAAAUCUUUUCCAUGUCUCUGUUGGCCUCUCAGGUCAGGUUGAUUGCAAGCUCAUGGACGGACACGUGCGUGGUGCCCUGGCAUUAACACAGGCACUGGGCUGGGCCAGGUGUGUGUUGGUCUGCCCAGGUGGUGCAAACCAGGGGUCCAAAGGCAGUCUGGGCCGUGCACACCCAGUCUGACCCGUGCUGGAGGCUCUGCCAGAUCUGCUGGGCUGCAGAGCCCCAGCACUGUGCUCCAAGUCUCCAGAAACAACAGCGGUCCGGGCAAAGCCACUGCACAUCUGCACCAGCGACGGCUCUGCUGAGGUAACCUCAGCAGCUGGAAAACUUGGCCAAGUCAUCGGAGCAUCCCAGAUCCAGACUUGAGUUGGUGGGGAAGAUGUGGAUAUGUUCUAGCACAAGCUGGUAGUAACAAAACAUGGUUAGUUGAGAAGGAGGGUAAGCAUAGGGAUCACCCCUUAUUUUUUAUAGAAACCAGAUUUUGUAAAUACUUGCAAGGUCAUAUGAAGGCACCACUAGCUCGUGAAGCCAGUUAAAUUGACAGCAGAUGGAUGAAAGGCACAAGGAACUCCAGGAUCACUUCAGAGGGAAGAUAGGUAUUUUCAGGGAGAAAGCUCUGCUUCUUGCUUAACAAUGUGGGGGGGAACAACAUUCUCAGGUUUCUCUGGGAGCGAGAUGAGAGGGCUGUUGGUCACAAUUCUUGAAAUAUAAAACACAUCCCUGCCCUUUGUGGAUUAGUAAAUUAUGGUGCUAUUGAGAAAUGCUACUACACUAUUAAUACAGAACAUAGCACAUAAAGUGUCAGGGAAGAGGAAAAAUUAUUCUAAUAAAUGAAAUGACGCACAAAGUUUCAAGUCUUACCACUCAUAAUUUGCCAAGACUGGAAACUCUGAGGGAGCCAAAUAACUUCUGAUAGGACCUACCAGGUGCAUCAUAGGAUGACUCCUGGAGCACAGAUUGAGAUAGUCUGUUCUCCCAAGUAACAGUCUUUAUUAAAAAAAAGUCUGUCCUAUUUCAUAAUAAAUUAUGAUCCAUUCAGAGCUGGGCUGCUUAUUUUAUUUUGUUUUCUGUUUAUCUCCUUUCCAGUGACCAAAAUUGUACAUUAAAUGCCAUUGUGUAGUAGACUUUAGCAAGGUGAUGGAGGUUACUAUGGCCAAAUUCAGCUCUGUCAUUUAAGUAUAGAACUCUUCAUAUUAGAGCAAGACCCAAGGAAGGGUUUGUGGCUCACAUUCCCAGGCACAGGGCAAUGGUUAGGAGAAGCUGUUGUUAUGUUUCAUAUGUUACAACAGAAAAGACAUAUUGGAACACUCAACCAAAGACAUGGGGGGGGGAUUGAAACAAGCAUAACUGAACAGGGAAACUGAAACAAGGAACCAGUCAAAUCAUCCAACUUAUUUUUAACCCCCAAUCAAUCAGCAGAUAACAGAUACAGCACGGCUUCUGAGUCAAGUUGGUGGGAAUGAAUCAAGCUGGCACAGCUGCUGUGAAAGAUGUGUGGAGCAGCGCCCUGGGGCAGCCAUAAAUGGAUUGAAUCGUACUUUUGAUGGUUAAAAGGAUGAGUGGGCCUGGCUUCACAUUGCCCGGACAGCUGCUGAGCAGCAAAAUUCCACUAACAGAACCCACAGUGAUGCAUAUGGGUUAUAGGACAAUAUAGCGAAAACCAGAACCAUACACACAUCCAUGAAUCCCCACAGCCCUGCAUUAGUUACCAGCUGCUUUUCCCCCCUCCCGCUGUGCAGGCUGGUUAGCACUGUCAACACAAGGCAUUCUUUGGAAAAAUGCUGGUGAGCUUGGGGAGCUGUUCCAGAUACAGCCAUCAAAGGGAGGUUGUAGGGCUGAUUGCAAUGAGUUGCUGAUGCACCUGACACAUCUGAGUGAGGCCACACCAGAUGAAGGCAGGAAAGGGGGAAAGUUACCUUUUCCUGUUGAAGAAUCUGCCCUGCCUCAAUGGCAAGGCUUUAAUGUCACGGUGUCGUAUUUGUUGGUGGUGGGAAGGCAGUGAGGGAGAGCUGAGUGAUGGCCCAGGGAGAUGCCUGCUCUGAGGAGCCACUGGUGUUCCCCCAGGCCUUCCCUUUCUCCCCUCCUUCGUUCUCCAGCAGGACAUGCCUGGAGCUGCCCAACAGCCAGCAUGGCUCACAGCAGUUUGGCUUUGGGUUGUGCUCAGCAGCAGAGUCACACACUCAUCCAUCUCUGCAGAAAGUCACGUUCAGGCUGGACAGACCACGCAGAAACCUGGCACCUGCUGUUCCUAACCCAGCCAGGCACAGCUGCUCUGCAGCUCCAGGGUCACCCACUGCCCCAUGCAGCACUACACAAGGGACAGUGACAUGGCUCUUGGUCACCCAGAGGAGGAAACCUGCAAAACAGAUAUGGACAAACUCGAAUUUCUUCAUGUUCACUGCAUCCACCUGCAAGGCACCAGCACGGCAAUAUCCCUCCCCUCCAAACACACAGAACCCAGCGUGCUGAGGAGGGAGAACACCAGCAGGAAGACCACCAGAAUAAACAUGAGACAGCAGGAAGACCACCAGAGUAAACAUUUCCCAGCAAACUGGAGUGAGUGUGUGUUGCCACCUAGCUCCUUGGCAUUUCUGUGCCAGCUGAAGGAGCAUGUGUUUUUCUAUCACCAAUUUCCCUUCUUUACCUUUGUAACUUGUAAUGGAAAAAUGUGUGGGUAGUUUCCAUUAUGCCUGUGCUGUUUCAGACAAAUUAAGGGGUUGGCUAAGAAAUCAGUGUUUUCAUAUUUCAUAAAGAAAAUACACACAUGCAUAUA